AUGUGGGCCGAUGAGGAUGAGAACGAGAUCCGGUACUGGGACGAGCUGCGCUACAGGCUUUACAAGGAGAAGGAGGCGUUUGUCGCCUCCUUUCAGUUGGAGAACUUGCAGGAGCGCCAGGUGAAGCUUGUCAUCUUCGCGAUGGCCGGGGCGCCCCAGCCGUGA